AAAAUCAAUAACUCUCUCGUCUCUCUCUAUUGUUGAUUCAAAUGGAAGUGAUAUGGAUGUUCUUAAUGUGUUGCAUCUUUGGUAACAUAAUUAUAAAUCAUAACAAUGACUUUGUUGAAGCUAAGAGCCUUUCUAAAGUUGAAGAUUUAGAAAUCGAGAAGAGACUAAGGACUAUCAACAAACCUGCUGUCAAGAUCAUCAAGAGUAUAGAUGGAGAAAGAUACGGAUGUGUGGAUUUCUUCAAGCAACCAGCAUUUGAUCACCCUUCAAUGAAGAAUCACACAUACCAUUACAAGAUGCGCCCAAUAUGGAAAAGAAUGAGAGAAAGAAAGACAAAUAAUACCAAUUUUGGUUACCUAUGGGAGAAUGGUGUGGGUUGUCCCAUUGGUACCGUCCCCAUACAAAGAGUCACCAAAGAAGAUCUUUUGAGAUUCGACUCAUUUGGCGAUAAUCAUAAACCUCGUGGCUCUUGGAAUUUUACCACUGAUGAUACUAAUAGUGACAACCAACAUCAUUUUGCGGUGGCUAGGACGGUUGGCCAAGACAAGAGGUUCAAUGGAGCAACGAUGGAACUUUGUUUAACCGCUCCUAAGGUUAGGCCAAACCAAUUCAGUGCUUCUCGACUUCACAUUCAGAUUGGAAGUGAUUUCCUCCAAACCGGUUUUACUGUAAAUCCAACAUUGUACAAGGACGACCAACCUCGGACUUUCGUCUAUACAAAUUCAGGUGGAAAAUCAUGUUACAAUAAUGACUGCGACGUAGGAAUGAUACUCGUUCGUCAAGAUUUUCAUCUUGGUAUGGCAUUAUUGCCAGUGUCUGUUCGUGGUGCUAAGACAACUCAUUAUGCAAUCUUCGGUCUAAUCAAGGACCAAAUAAAUGGAAAUUGGUGGUUGCAAUUUGGUAAUGCUGCAGAGGAAGUUGGAUUUUGGCCGUCGAGUAGAUUUCAUCAAAGCUCUGGAAAUUUGGUGGAGUGGGGUGGAGAAGCGUAUAGUGCAUCACAGCCGAGUCCUCAAAUGGGAUAUGGAUAUUUUCUUGAUGCUAGUAUGCGCUACGAUGCAUAUAUCAAACGGAUAUCUGUAAUCGACGGUUUUAAUAACAUUGACCGCAAAGUGGCAUAUACCGAAAAAUUCGUGGACGAUACUCGUGGCUACCAAGUUGUAGACGACUAUAAUAUUCCCGCAUACCCAGAAGCCGGUCAUAUAAUCUUUUACGGUGGUCCGGGGAAUAUCUAAAUAUGAUUAAUUACAUCUCUGUGGAAUAAAAAUUAAUAAAACAUUACAUUGACUUGAUUAUACAAUAAAUAUCGUCAUC